GAGGAGAGGCGUUCCGCGGGCCGCGGUUUGCGCCCCAAUGCUAGCGCGAUUUUCACCGCGCUUCCACGCGAAUCGUACGCGGCUAUAGCGUUCGCACUGCCGAAUUUGCAACACUGCCCGGCGACGGAUCGGACCAGUUUGAAUUUGGAGUUUUUUUUCUUUAGACAGUGCUGUGAUACGUUUUGUGACUGCACUAAUAGUGUUCGAUUGACUGAAAAAUAAACGUUGCGUGGACUGUAUAAUUAAAUUACUGAUGUGUACACUACAGUUAAUUAACAAAGUAAAUAAUACACCUUGUCAAUCGUGUAUAUGUGUACAUUAACGUGAGUUCCUCAUGUAUUAAUUACACGGACGAAAAAAAUCGUAUCGUUUUAUAAACAAUGCUGGCAAUUUGCAAUUACAAAACACUUACCGAAUUUAUAAUUUAAACAAUAUACGAUAAUACGCGCCUUCUUCGUUUUAAAUUAAACGAAAAUAAAAAAUAAAUAACCCGAAAUAAAAAAAUGAUUUGCUGAUAAACCAAGGAGGUUGUAAAUUGAAAUGUCAUUGAUUAGAUGAAAUGAAGACGGCGCUCGAAUGCGAGCGGGCCGAGACCGCCGACAGCGGCGGGAAGGGCCGGAUAUCGUUUAGCGUUGACUCGCUACUGGGCGGGAAGACCGACACGCCGUCUAAAGAGGCCAGCUUGAAUGACGCAAGCAAUGACGCGGAAAGCACUGACGCAGCUCAAGAGUCUGAUGACAGCGACGUUGACAUCGAGGAUGUUGAUUCCAACGCGGGAGAUGACAGAGAUGAGAGAGAUGAAAGGGAGAACAUCAAUGAGGGCGAAGAGUUGGAGAGUAGGAGUGGAGUGGUGGUGCCGCAACCGUUGCUGCCGCGGCUGUAUCAGGGCCCAGCGCCGCCGGCAGCGUGGCCUUUCGGAGCAUUCCCAUGGAUGGCGCCCAACCCAAUGUUCCGGACCGGUUCACCCAACACCGGCGCGCCCAGCGGCCCACCAGUGGUCCGAUGCCAACUGCGCAAACACAAACCGAACCGCAAGCCGCGCACGCCCUUCACCACGCAACAACUGCUCGCUCUGGAGAAGAAGUUCAGAGACAAGCAGUAUCUGAGCAUCGCUGAGCGCGCCGAGUUCUCGUCUUCGCUGAGACUGACUGAGACUCAGGUCAAAAUAUGGUUUCAAAAUCGACGCGCAAAAGCAAAACGGCUCCAAGAAGCGGAGAUAGAAAAACUACGACUCUCAGCAAGGCCUCUGUUGCCGCCGUCAUUCGCCCUUUUCGGCGGCGGCGGGCCCCCCAUAUUCGCCGCGAUGGCUGCGGCGUCCAGACCCCAGCUCAGUUUCCUGGGGGGCCCACCGAGCCACCAGCACGCGAUAAACAUGAAUAUACUGAACUCUCUCCAACCACAUUGACGUUUGGAUCACGCGGCAACGCGUGACCCGGCGAGCGAGCCGCCGCCACCUUAAUCACUAUCCGAUAUGGAUGUUAAUUGAGAUAUGAUAGAACUUCGGACUUUGAGUUUCUGUUACGCGGAUUUCCUCCUCACGUGGUCUCACAGAUGCAAAAGUUCCUCCUUAGUCCGCACGACCUGUCAAUGUUCAUAGAGCGAGGACAUCAUGAGCUCAACUCCUUUGAGAUCAAAAACAACAUUGUGUCUGCACAACUAGUUGUUUGUGAUCCGCGGUCGUUAGUUCGUAAAACUUGGCUCUAUGUCGGAUAGGAUUCUAUAGUUGAAGGAAAAAUUAUAGAAUCUAAAAAUAGAAUUGCGGGCAGGAUGAACGUUUGCAUGCGUAAUGGCAUCAAUAUAACAGAAACUAGUCUAAUAUUAAAUAUAAUUAAUGACAAAAAGAAAUAACGCAAAUUUGUGUAUAAAAAAUCAAAUAAUACAACCUAUAUAUUAUUUCCAAGAACUAAAAUAAUUUCUUUAAUACGUCUGCUAAAACACAAACUAUAUAAAUAAAAUCAAGAUAAUUUAUAAAUAUGUGUUCCAAAUUAAUUUUUCAACAAUGUAAAAACAUUUUAGGAUAUUGUACAGUAAAUAUAAUAUUUUCUAACUUUACCCAUAGAAUUUGCACUUAGUUUUAAUAAAACUAAACAAUUUCCGUAAGUGCAAUUUUCAAUAUAAACACUAGACUCUAUUAAAAGUACGUUAGUAAUAAAUCUGUAAAUACUUAAGAAAAUAUUUAAUUUAACAUUUAAAACAAUAAAAUAAAAUCAAAUACCAACAAUACAAAAUUAAUUAUCUGCAGAAAGUAUUUAUUCAUUUAAAAAAUCAAAACCUCGUUUUUCUACUUCCAUUUAUUAAAAAUAUUUUCAUCUUUACCUUUAAUUUAACUACAAAACAUAAAAUUAAACUUUAAAAGCUUUCUUGGCGUCGUAGCUGCGGAAUAGGUACCUAACUCUUAAAAUUAUUUAUGUUUGAGUUCAAUUACAGAUUUAUUUUACAUUCUCUACUGAUAGAUUAAAAUAUUAUUACAUAAUUCUAUGUAAAAAAAUCGUUCAAGAUGUCUCUUUCAUUAAAUUGUUCCUCUUAAUUUUAUGUAUGAUUAAUAGAGUAUAAAUAUUUUAAAGGGACUUCUAUAUAUAUGUAGAUGAUAAAAAUAUUAUGCAGGCGAAAUAUUAAAUAAAUUUGUGUAUCAAUAUUUGCUAAAUGUCAAAUGGUCAUAUAGU